CGGAUAUGCCAAGCUACACUUUUGAAAUAAAAACGCUUGGUCGCGCUUGGCGCGCUUCGUUUGUGUUGGAUAUUAUUGUACCAUUUGAGUUACAUUUCUUGUUGAUGCAAAGAUGUGCUAAUCAUGCAUCGAAUUAUCAAGCACUUUGACGUGAGAAAUUGAUGUUGUCAAUCUCAUAAUUCCGUUUUGUAUCGUCCUUUGUGGUUGAAGAUUUUGUAUUCUCUGGCAUAACAAAUAUUAUCAAAAUGGAACUGCGAAUUGGGGCCCGUUAUCCUAGUUUCAAAGCAUUAGAAGCGGCCAUUGAAAAAUUUUCUCAGGAGACGAAUUCAGUUUACACUGUGUACAACAGCAGACUAAUUGAUAAAGAAAAUUUAAGACGUCCAACUGACAAACAAUUACCUGCUUGUUUAAAGUACAAGCAUAUAAAAUUUGCUUGUAAACAUUAUGGUAUACGUAAGAGUAAAAGUCGUGGCCUUCGCCCUAAUCAGAGCACUUUUAAGAUUGGGUGCCCAUCAUUUAUCUAUGUGACAGCUCACUCUAAAGAUCUUGUUGUGGAAAAAAUGGAGGUAGAACAUACUCAUUCAUGUGACCCUGAGUUAGUAGCCAUGUACCCUGAGAGGCGAAGUCUAUCACAUAUUGGAAGCGAUGAUGGGGAGGAAGAGGAAACUGAUAAUAAACCUGGCAACUCAACACUAAAACUUAUUCGCGAAGAUGUAUUUGAUUUAUUGACAUUGGCUGUGGACAGAAGAAGAAUACGAAAUUAUGUGAGGAUUUGCACUGGCCGCAACAUGCUUACAGGAGAUUUAGCAAACAUGGCUAAAUAUAUUCGUCAAAAUCCUCGAGAUGUCUCAGAAGAAAGGGCAUACCAAUUAAUGGAACAUUUAAAAUUGGUUGAAAGUAAAGAGAAUUUACCCACAACUCGGCCAAUGACCACACGUGAGAAGUUUAAUUCCAUGAAGCGCCGUGUUGCUGUUCCCUCAGGAGUCAGAGGUGAUGAGAUGAGGGAAGAUGACCCAGAACACUGCUAUUCUGCUGGGCCACCUGCUAAAAGGCAAAUGAGAGAAAACAAUAGGAGACAAAAUGAUGAUGUUAUUCACUUUGAAACUGUAGAGCACAUCGAAGACUUCCAAGAUCAAGAUCAAGAUCAGGACCAGGUUCAAGAAGAACAAGCUGUUACAUCAUGGGAUGCUAACAGCAGCUUAGCGGAUGUUGUGAAGUCAAUUCUAGGACCUAACCAGGAAGGACCUGUUAUAGUUCAUGUAAAUAAUUACGAAGGUGUGGCUGUUGUUGAGGUCGCUGAAGGCCAGAAGUAUGCGACAGGAGAGGAGAUUGACCCCACCUCACUUUUAGUGCAAAAGCAGGAUGCUGAAUCUGGUGUGACCAUUCAGUCUCCAAAAAGGACGGCAAGAAAAUCUUUAUCACCCCGUAAACCUGUCAUUGUUACAAACAAGGCUGGUAAUAUCCCUACAAGUAAAGUUGUUAUUAAUACUCAGGAAUCUACCUCAAAGGGAAGUACCAUACAAAUACAAUCGUCCCCCAAUAUUUCAAGAAGUCAUCAUCAAGAGCGUGUUGAAGACUCUGACGAUGAGGAGUUCAAGGAUGAUUUCAACACUCUCAAUGAUUGUGAUGAUAAUGAAAGUGACAGUGAGCACAAUACAGUUUUCAAGGAAGAGCGGACCAUGUACAAAGUGAAAACAGAAAAACUAAAUUUGCAGAUACGUCAUUUACAGAACGAUUUAGGAAAGCACGAAUUGGAGAAAGAGAAACUACUGCUUGAAAUUCGUCUUCUAGAGUUGCAAGUUGCUGAAAGAGAAAGAAAGAAACUAACCAGUGUAACAUAGAGAAAAUUAUGUUGUCAAUAAUUCUUUGAGGUCUUAUUACUCUUUUGGGACAAAUUUGCUUGAAUUUUGCUUCAAUUGUUUUGCCUCUUCUUGAAUGUUACUUUUGUAUCUUAUAAUUCCCUUAAAUCCCAUAUCUUUUUGAUUGUCAUUACAUUUGUACCAAUUUUAUUACCUUUCCUUUAAUUUGUGUUUCUGUAUAGUAUGGUAGAUAUUUUAAAGGUUGUCAGUGGACAGUUUCAUGGUGCCUCUCUGUUUUAAAAGAAAACCGGUUGUAUGACUUACCUCUUAGGAACCAAUUUUCAUUUAUCGACAGAGAAAAAUCUCCAAACAAACAGCAUUAGUGUAGUGUUAGCUUAAGAAAACCAAUAAUUUUAUUCUUACCAAAUACAAAUGAUAGUCAGUAUGGUCUCAUUGUGUAAUUAUUCAUCACCAUAUGGUAUAAUUGUAAAUAGAUUUAGAAAGUCCAGUUGUACAGCUAUGAUAGAAGUAUCAUAUAUACUAGCGACUGUACCUGCAAUAACUUAAAUCCUGAUUUUGUGUUGAAAUAUUAGUCUAUUUUGCCCGCUUGUUUUUGUAAAAUGUAGGCUCAAAUUUGUGAAUACUUGUGUGUGUAUGUGUGAGUGUGAUUGAGCAUGUGCUUGUCACUGCUGUUGUACAUAUAUUGAGAAUUUAAAUCCGUACUGAGGAGAGAUCAGUACAUUUGGGAAUCAGAUUAAUUAAUUUGUUUGUUUUGUAUGGCAAGGCGUGAAAAUUGUUUAAGAAAAGAUUAUAUGCUAAAUUGUUGUGAGA